UCCUGCUGCUAGCCGGAGGUGGGACUGGUUAAAGUUUACAUGCAGAUAAACGCUGGUGACAUUUAUGUAGGAACUACAUGAUGGAGCUUCUAAUACCUCAGGGGCUCAAUCUGCUGGGUCACCUGGCUUUAACCUACAUAAUUCUCAAACAGGUAUGGAAACUCCUGAAAGGAUUCAGAGUUCAUAUCCUCUCCAGGGUGUGGAGCACGGACCUUAAAAAGUAUGGAGGCUGGGCAGUGGUAACUGGAGCAACAGAUGGAAUCGGGAAGGCCUAUGCUGAGGAGUUGGCCAAAAGGGGUUUUGAUGUUGUCCUUAUUAGCCGGACUCUGGAAAAACUGAAAAAGGUUGCAGCGGGCAUAGAGCAACAGACCAGACGUAAAACCAAAAUCAUCCAGUUGGAUUUCACAGGAGGGCCUGAAAUUUAUCCAAAAGUUGAGAAGGAGUUGCAGAAUCUGGACAUUGGCAUCCUUGUCAAUAACGUUGGGAUGACAUACAAUACGACCCCGGUUAGUUUUCUUGGUGUUCCUGAUGUCAACCAGCGUUUAACGGCCAUUAUGAACUGUAACAUGAUGUCAACUGUACAAAUGACCAGGAUUGUGCUUCCAAAAAUGAUAGAGAGGAAGAGAGGUUUGAUAAUAAACUUGUCGUCUGAACUUGGUUGUCACCCUUACCCGUUGAUAAACAUCUACUCUGCCACCAAGGCCUUCGUCGAUUACUUUUCCCGAGCGCUUAACAUAGAAUACAAAUCGAAAGGGAUCACAGUGCAGUCUGUGAUGCCCCUUAUGGUUUCCACCAACAUGACUGAGAAUGUACCGACUAAUAUUCUUAUGAAGACUGCAGAGGAUUUUGCCAGGGAGGCGCUGAACACAGUGGGGUACGCCCAUCGCACCAGUGGCUGCCUCUCCCAUUCAAUUCAGAGUUACAUUCUGAACCUAAUUGUAUCAGACUACCUCUUCGGCUCCAAACUGAUGGAGACAUUUGCUAAGAACACGAAAAAGUCUAUACAUGCGAAAAUGAGAGAAAAGCAGAAAUAGAAGAGAGAAGAAGAAAAUGCUAUGCCUACAAGUGGUCUACAGAUCAGAAAUAAAUGACAUUGUAUGGAAAGGAGGAAAAAAAUAAUUGUUGUAUUCGUUUUUUUUUGUUUGUAACUUCCAUAAUACAAAUCAACCGAGAGAACUGCAGACUAUGCUACUACCGCCUGAUACA